AUGUCGACUGAGAAAUCUGACGGCGCGUCGAUCGAAAAGAUCGACGUUGUCAUACAGACUACCGAGAACACUUCGCCAGCUGCGAUCCAAGCACGGUUCACAACGCUAUGUGAUCUGGACGACGAGCAGAUGGCCGCGCUGAACAAGCGUGUUCUCCGCAGAAUCGAUUGGCGCAUGAUGCCUACGAUCACGAUCAUGUUCCUACUCAACUACCUUGAUCGUAUCAAUGUGUCCAACGCACGUCUUGCUGGCCUCCAAGAUGACCUCGGUAUGAGCGAUACCGUCUGGAGUGCCGGUAUCUCGACCUUCUAUGUCGGAUAUCUGGUCGGUCAGCUUCCAGGUAAUCUGUGGUUGGCUAGGGUACGACCUAGCUUGCUUCUUCCUGCCAUGAUGAUCGGCUGGAGUAUCUGUACCAUCACUAUGCCUGCAGUCACAUCUGGUGCUGGUUUCUGUAUCGUACGCUUCUUUACUGGACUGUGCGAAGCGCCUUUCUUCCCUGGAAUCACCCUCAUGACCUCUUCGUGGUACACAAAGGCAGAGAAUCCAACUCGUAUGGCUGUCUGGCACGCCGGAAACACCAUUUCGAACAUCAUCUCAGGCUUCCUCGCUGCCGGUAUCCUUCAGCACAUGGGCGGAGUCGCAGGACUUUACAGCUGGCAAUGGUUUUUCAUCAUCGAGGGUGCGAUCAGUAUCCUUGUCGGUGUCAUCGCUUUCUUCACCCUACCAGAUUGGCCAGAAAACACCAGAUGGCUCACCGAAGAGGAGAGAGAGAUGGCCCAAUACCGAGUCAUUGUCUCCAACGGAGGCAAAGAAGAGCAGGUUGGAGGUACUUGGGACGGUCUCAAGGAUGCUUGCAAAGACCCUUUUACCUGGAUGUUCUGCGGCAUGCACUUCAGCUUGAUCAACGCCCAAUCGUUCAAGGACUUCUUCCCCUCAAUCAUCAAGACAUUUGGGUUCGGACAGCUAGAGACAUACCUCGUGCAGGCUCCACCAUACGCCAUCGCAUAUGCAAGUGCUUGCGCCCUCGCCUGGAGCUCUGGAAGAUUCAGAGAAUCAUGCUACCACAUCAUCAUUCCCAUCGCCGCCUCUGCUGUGGGAAUCGCCGUCAUGAUCUCAACCGCCAACGUCGGAGCUCGCUACUUCGGUGCUAUCCUGCUCGUUUCUGGAACGUACAACGGUCUCAACCUGCAGCUGUCCUGGGAGACUACUCUUGUGCCUGCUCCUCGCAGCAAGAAAGCAGCGCUGAUUGCCAUUGCCAAUUGUGUCAGUCAGUGCUCUCACUGGUACUCUCCUUACUUCUUCCCCAGAAGCCAGGAACCUUUCUACAGAUUGGGCGGUGGUCUGAUUCUCUUCGGUUGCUUGUGCACUGCUCUGCUCGCUUGGACCGUCAAGUGGUGGGCCAAGAGAUUGAACAAGAAGCUCGAUGAAGCAGAGGGCUACAGUGAGCACAGCGGUGUUGAGCGCGGCUGGAGAUAUGUGUACUAG